ACUAUUCAACUAAUACUCUCACUUAAAUUUGAGAUAUCGAAACGAAAUGUCUUCGAAGAUUUUAAAGAUUUUACUUGCAUUUUGCAUUGUCUAUCAAACUCAAUCGCUACCUUUAACCGAAAGCGAUGAAAACUUGCUGGAAUUAAUGAAACGUUACGAUGAUAAAGAAGAUCUUCUACCAACUUUGAAACGUAAUGACGAUAGUAAUGUAUUAAGAGAAAUUGAAGGUUUGAUCGCAAAAUUAAAUCUCGCCGACAACAGUGAAAGUGAAAAAACAGCAAAGAAAACUGAACUAACCAGUAAAGAGGAAGUUAAAAAGGAAGAUUCAGAGAAAAAGACGGAAAGUCAAACUGCAGAAAAGAAGGAAGCCGAAACAGCUGUGAAAAAAGAGGAAAAUAGUCCAGUUGAAAAGAAAGAGGAAGAAAAACAAGAGGAGAAGAAGACUAUUUCUAAAGAUGAUUCCGAACUUAGAAAUUUAAUAGAGAAAUUUUUACACGAAAAUGAAGACAGUAAGAAUUCAGUAGCUAAAAAGAGUGAAACUGUAAAUAAAGAAUCCGCUUUGAAACAAGAGAAGAAAAACGAAGAUGUGAAAGAGGAAAAGAAAGAAUCUGCAAUAGCAAAAAAACAAAACGACCUAAGGGAGUUUGAUAACCUCCUAAACGAUCUAAAAAGUCAAUUGAAACAGGAACGUAAGGCAGAACUAGCAAAGAAAAAGCUUACGGAAGAUAAGCAAUUAAGCAAAUUACGAUCUUUGGGACUAGAUAGCCAAUUAUUACAAGACAAGAAAGAUACUCUGAAAAACGAAUACAGUUCCCUUUUCAAUAGAAAUGAGGACCAAGUCAAGCGAACUGAAAACGAUUUACUCUCCAGAGAAUUAAACCAACUAAUAGAAAAAGAACUGCUAAAGGAAAAACAGAGAAGAGAGGAGAAUCUACAGAGAAAAUUGAUGCUUUUACUUAAAGCAAACGACAGCCUCUAA